GUGGUAUUGUUGACACAUGAAAGUAAUUGAAAAGAGAGAAAGAGAGCCGAUUUUAUGAGGCUAAAAUGGGUUGCCUAUGACAUUGGGAAAACAAUUACACCUAGAUUUUUCCUUUCACUGUUGUUCAGCUUAUUUUUCUUUUCAGCACCCCAUUUUCUCGUCUUUAUGUUCAUAGUUCUCAGAAAGAUUGAAUCUCGAAUCUAGUUUAUCUCCUUUGGAUCUUAUAUAUACCUCCUCUUCUCAUAACAUUUUCUGUUUGAAGUGGUGGUGGUAGAAAAAGAAUGUUUUUUCUCAACUGUUCAAAGCUGGUCUUUCCAUUCAUUUGUUUCUGAACCAUCUUCAUUCUUCUCUUUAGGUUCUUCUUGGUGAGAAAAGGAUGCAAAAAUAGCGCUAAAGGUUUCAGCUUUCCUUUUUCAAUUAUAUUGGAGAAGUUUUGGAAGGCUAAAGCCAGCUAGUGGUAACAGUGAAUUGACUUGAUGGAGAAGAUAUCCUCACCUGUUGCUGUUCCAUAUAGGCUUGGUAACUUUAUCCAUGAAGACUCAACAGUUACGACCCAAGUCGAAAUUAAUGGCCUGAAGCUAAUAUCAAACACAGCAGCCUUGUUUUCAAGUCCCAGUGCCAAGUCAAAUACACCAUGCGAAUCCCUUUAUUUUGGAAGUGAAAGUUACAGGAGUGCAGAGGGUGAAAACAGGGGAGCAGAUGUCAGUAGGGUCAUCAGUGAGUUCACCUCAAGAGGUAAAGGUAAUACCUUUGUUAAUAACUCAUUUUCUCCAUCUCUGGCUAGAGACUCUGCUUCGAUUUCUGAUUCCAUAAUGGACUCAAACACUAGAAAGGAAGUUUUUAAGUUUGCAAAUACUGACAAGGCCAAUCUGAGAGAACCCAAUGUUGAUCUGGAACAUGGGCAAGAAGAUAUGGUUGGAGUAGUUGAGGUGGGUUUGGAGGGAAAAGACAGUGAUGGAUCUGAUGAGUCUGAUCCAUGUAUGUCUUCCUUGCCUGUUGAUGAUGAGACAUCUAAGGAGAAAAGACCAUAUAGAACAGGCAGCAGCCAGAAUGUUUUGGAUUUGGACUGUUUACCCCUUUGGGGUUUCACAUCUAUCUGUGGAAGGAGACCAGAGAUGGAGGAUUCACUUGCAGUUGUACCCAGAUUGAUGCAAGUCCCAGUUGAAAUGCUAGAUGAUGACCACCAAAACUUGGAUGGCUCGACUCAAUCGACUGCCCAUUUUUAUGGGGUAUAUGAUGGUCAUGGGGGUAACCAGGUGGCUAAUUACUGUCGAGAACGGCUUCAUUCAGCCUUGGUUGAAGAGAUAGAAACUGCAAAAGUAGGCUUGCAUAAUGGAAGUAAGAGGGAAAGUUGUCAGGAGAUGUGGAAAAAAGCCUUUUCUAAUUGCUUUGCCAAAGUUGAUGCUGAGGUUUCUAGUUCAGCCACUGUUGCCCCUGAAACUGUUGGUUCUACUGCAGUGGUUGCUCUUAUUUGUCCAACCUAUAUUAUGGUGGCCAAUUGUGGUGAUUCAAGGGCAGUUUUGUGUCGAGGAAAAGCACCAGUUGUGAUGUCAAAUGACCACAGACCAGACAGAGAAGAUGAAUAUGAAAGGAUAGAGGCUGCCGGGGGCAAGGUUAUACAGUGGAACGGUUCACGUGUUUUUGGUGUUCUUGCAAUGUCAAGAUCCAUUGGUGACAAAUACUUGAAACCAUGGAUUAUUCCUGAUCCAGAAGUGAUGUUUGUUUCUCGAGCAAGGGAAGACGAAUGCCUUAUUCUCGCCAGCGACGGCUUAUGGGACGUUAUGACCAAUGAGGAGGCAUGUGAUGUUGCCCGGAGACGAAUCCUUAUAUGGCACAAAAAGCAUGGGGACACCUUGUCCGGCGAAAGAGGCAAUGGUGUUGAUCUUGCUGCUCAGGCUGCAGCAGAGUACCUUUCGAAGCUUGCUCUCCAAAAGGGGAGCAAGGACAACAUUAGCGUUGUAGUGGUGGACUUGAAAGUUGUAAGAAAGUUCAAGAGAAAAUCCUGAGAGAACAGAAGCAUUUUUCUUCUCUUGCAGGAUUUUGACUUGUGUUAUAAUAUCAUGAAUAUAAAUAACAAUCACUAACGUGAUUCAGCCCUUCAAUUUUUUUAAAACCGGGCUAAUUGUGAUCACAACACUAAUGUAUACCUACCCAAUUUUACAAUAUACCAUACUACCGUGUUUGUUUA